AUGUCGAAACGCACCUCACUCGUCGCUCACAGAGCGUGGGAGCUCCUGCGCGCGCUGCUGUGCACCAGAAGAGGCGAAUUGUGCACCGCGAUCACGCGCAGCGCGUUCCACAAAUUAUUCAAAAAAAUCGCGGGCAGAGAUUCGCGCGCGGCGCUUCUCUACGGCGAUCACGAGAUCUCGUUCCAGAGGACGCCGGUGGUGCACGUGAGGAUGCACCGCGCGCCGGCUGCUCUGCGGCUCAAGCUGCCGCACAUUCCGUGCGUCACGCCGCAGGUGGAUCGCGAUUGGGAGGAUGAGGUGUGGUGCAAGGAGGCGGAGAUGAGUGAUGAGGGGAUUGAUGAGAGGGCGGAGGAGUUCAUCACCAACUUCUAUGAGGAAAUGAAGCAGCAGAGACAGAUUUCAUAUAUAUGA